GCUGUUGGCUCGAGCUCAGAGAACGCCUGGUCCGACGCCUUCCAUAUCUUCGUGAUCAGAGGGCCCUGGCCGCCGUGGGAUAGAACAUUCUCUAUGGCGGCGGCAAGUUCAGGCGGCGCGCCUCGGCGGAUGUCCGACGCGGGCAUGGGGGGCGACGUGGGCUGGGGGCUCAAGAAGUCCAACAGGAGAGGGGCCGAUCAAGGCUCCGCAGCAGGGGGGGGGGCGCGCGCCGCCGCGAAGUGCCGACUGGGCGAGGAGGUUCUCGCAGACGCGAAGCAGGCCGCCAAGGGGGCCAGCAAUGAACGGAUCGCGCAACAGCUGGUGACCAUCCUGGGCAAGCCGGCGCUGUCGCUAGCAGGGGAUCUCCGCACGGCGAUCAGCGUGGCGUUCGUCGCGGCGCUCGCCCCAGUCGACCUGCCGCGCGUCGAGGAAGACGCGUGCAUCGACGCGGCGCAGUUGGGUUCGCCGCGCCACCGCGCGCGGAAGGAUUUCGCGCGGGCGUUUCUCGCGGGCGCCGAGGGCGGCCCGGCCAGGGGCGCCCGCUCGCGGUAUCGGAAGGAACGCGUGACGAAGCACGACGUCAAAGACAUGGACCUGGACAUCAAGUACUUCC